GCGUCGAGUCUGGUCGAGUGUUGAAGUUGAGAGUGGUCGAAUUCACAUUUCAGAAACACGCAGAAGGGUUUUUCUAUCUUUCAUAUUGAGAGAGAGAGAGAGAGAGAGAGAGAGGUGGAUGGGGGAUCCCUACUGGAGAUACGGUGCUCCUGCCGAGAGAGGCAGCAUCCCAAGACCGAGUUUUCCUGGCUACUUGUUGCCUGAACAAUCAUCAUUAACAUCUCAUCAUCUAUGGAGUUCUAAUGAUUUGCAGGGUAUUUCUUCAGAUUUUGUACAGAAAGAUCCUGGCGCUUAUGGAGUGAAUGAUAUUACGGGUAUUGGCAUACGUCCUGAACCCAGUCUUGGUGGAUUAACAACAGGAGCCAGCAUUAAAGGCUACCCAACUUCUUUACAAGAUCCAACUUUACUUGGCCAAAGAUCGGAUGUUUCUGUAGGUGUUGGUCCAGGCUUGUCAGACUUAAUUAGUGAAAGGCCUGGCUCUUUGGCAAGGGUUGAUGGCCUCCCAGUCCCGGCAAAGGACUCAAACAUUCUGUUUGUUGAUGGGCUUCCAAGUGACUGUUUGAGGAGAGAAGUUGGUCAUCUUUUUCGUCCUUUCAUUGGCUUUAAAGAUAUCAGAGUUGUUCAUAAGGAGCCCAGACAUAGUGGAGAUAAGGCUAUGGUUUUAUGCUUUGUUGAGUUUAAUGAUGCCAAAUGUGCUCUUACUGCCAUGGAAGCUCUUCAAGGUUACAAGUUUGAUGACAAAAAACCCGACUCCCCUGUUUUGAGGAUCCACUUUGCACAUUUUCCAUUUCGUUUGCCAUCUGAUCGUGGUGAGCAAUGGUUUGGGGGUCCACGAUAACCACCCAUAGUGACAGAUAACUUCGUAUUGUUGAGCUGCUCGAGCUAUUGUUAAUGAAAAGUUAUGCAUUUGAAGCAAGUAGCAGAAAUAUAUUUGUCUCAUGUUGGUGAACUUGUGCGAUUAUUAUGUUCAUUGGCUUAGACUUCGUACAUGACACUUGUUCCAUCAGAUUUUAGUAAAUGGGUUAUGAGAAAUUCAAUUUUACAGCAGCUGUAGAGCCAUUCCUGAAUGUGCUCUUUGCUCAAGUUUUAGAUUAUUUAUACAUUUUAUCCUAUACCAUAUUCGGUCCUCUUUUCCA